AAUCAACGGACGACUUUGUACUUUAACCUCUAUUGUUUAUAUUUGAACUCUAUAGAUAUUUUUAUAAAGUUUCAAAUUUUAAGCAAAUAGUUUUGAUUUGGCAAAAUCGACAUCCAGUUCGUGAAGAUGGACUACUCGUACCUGAACCAAGCGGCCGCCAGUUUCGACGCCUCGAGUUGUUCGCUGACUCCGGGGAUCGACCCCGGCCUGGGUCCGUGCUCGUACGGCGACCUGACCUCGUGCUCGCAGAUGAGCUACCGGUACACGGCCGCUGCCGCUUCCAUGGCCCGCUCCUACAACCCGGGCGGCGCCGGCAUGGGGCAUCAUCUGACCGGGGCCGGGGCCCAGUGCAGUGUCAUGGGAGGGCCCCGUCACCAGGACCAUCGGCCUCCCAUGUUUCCCACCGCCAUGAAUCUGCAAGGAGGCUUGCCAUACAAAGUUUACCCUGGCCACGAUGGUGUGCUGACGGAGAAACGGAAACAACGGAGGAUCAGGACCACGUUUACUUCCGCACAACUAAAGGAGUUGGAGAGAGCCUUCCAGGAAACACAUUACCCGGACAUCUACACGCGUGAGGAGAUCGCCAUGAAGAUAGACCUUACGGAAGCCAGAGUCCAGGUGUGGUUCCAGAACCGGAGGGCCAAGUUCCGCAAGCAAGAGCGACUGGCGCAGCAGAAGGCCAGUUCACAGGGAGAGGGCACUUCACCUGGAGUUAAGAGUGAAGUCAAAGUCAAGGAUCUAAAACCAUCCACCCCGAGCUCACCUACAGGCCAGGACGUGAAGCCUGUCAACGGAGCAGUGAAAAUGGCAGAUGUCGACGGAGCCAAUGCGAUAUCAGCAACGAAAUGGCCUCUCUCGCACCAACCACAUCACCAACAACAGCACCAACCGCCUUGCUCAGUCAACAACACGAGCUCAUUGCUGCAACAGGCUCACAAAGCUCUGAGCUCGCACCAACAACAUCAGAUCAACCACCACCACCCGCUCAGCUCACCAUUCACCUCACUCUUAGGUGCUAACCCAGCCAGUUAUCUCCUGGGUCCAGGCGACCAUCUCAAAGCGGCCAACCACCUCUUCUAG